AUGGACCUGCAAGCUCAGGAUGCGCCCUCCGCGAAAGAUCACACACGCCAACCCCAACAUCCUUCUCCCUAUGGCUACGGUCCUGCCGCUCCUCACCAAGCACAGACUCUAAGACGCGCCGAGCAGGACUCAUACAAGCAGCAGCAGACUAGUCCGCGUGGGUCAGAGGAUACAGGAGGUCCCUUUGCCGACAGCCAGCGCUACUACGACCAGGACGAUGAGCUCGAGGACGAACAUAUGAAUCAUCUGCAUGGUCCCAACGGCACGGGAGAUCACGACCGCGACUACGACGAUGGUGAAGCCAGCGACUCGCACGACGAAGACAUGGAUGAUGAUAUGAUGGACAAGAUAUCCAGUAGUCCCUCGAUCGAAGAUGGUAAAUACUCCCCCCCUCGCUGGCCUCCCCGGUCGAGCUCGAGAGAGCACGAAGCUUCCCCAGCUUCUUCUCCCACGCCGACUCGAGGCAUUUCUCCUUCCUCUUCUUCCCCAUUUCUAGCUCCUCCUGUGCACUUUCCCCUACCACGUACCAAGAAUGUGGACUACGACGAUCAUCAUCCGAGCAAGAAGCUGGGCGUCUGGCACGAAGACGAUCCCGAGGACGGGUUCAACCACUCGAGAAUUCCCCGCUACGACCGCUAUUAUCAAACACGCUCUCCGGAAGCUCUCUACCCAGAGUUUAUGACCGACGAAGAAAUUCAAGAAGUGUCGAAAUAUCUACUUCCAACCGAUGAUCCUCUCCUCGAAGACUUCUAUGAAGAUCCCGAUGAAGGCUUCUAUGACGACGACGACGACGACGACGACGACUGGAUGGAUGAGGACGUCAAUAUGCCAGAUUAUCAGCCUAGCUCAGAUGAUGAGCCGGACGAGUUCACAUUCACCACCGACGCCCGUUUUCUUGAUUCUGGUUGGGGAGGAGAAUGCUUACGAGAAAUAGAGGACAUCGAUUUCGAAUUCGUGUAUGCCUUGCAUACUUUUGUCGCCACCGUCGAAGGCCAGGCCAAUGCCACCAAAGGUGACACUAUGGUGCUUUUAGAUGACAGCAACAGCUAUUGGUGGCUCGUUCGUGUUGUCAAAGAUGGUAGCAUUGGGUAUCUUCCUGCGGAGCAUAUCGAAACGCCAACGGAACGACUGGCUCGAUUGAACAAGCACCGAAAUAUCGACCUGUCAGCUUCUAUGCUUGGAGACAAUGCCGAGAAAUCGAAGAAUCCUUUGAAGAAGGCCAUGCGCCGGCGGAAUGCCAAGACCGUGCAGUUCGCUCCCCCAACAUACUACGAACCAUCCGAGGGCGAAUAUUCGGAUGAAGACGAAGCGGAUGAUGGCCAGAUGGAUGUCGACUCUGGACCUCAAGCUGAAGACUCGGAACAAGACAAGCAACAAGAAAUCGAUGAUGCAUCUUCACGCUCCCGUGUCUCUCAGGCCACGACCGCUGUCAAUGGUGUUCAGCGUUCGGCGAGCAACGAGUCGCUGGCCGAGGAGGAGCCAUCUAGUCCUCUCAAGGCACAGGUCACAGAGCCUUCUCAAACAUUAAUAACUCAUCAGGAUUCGGUUUCAAGAUCAAGGAAGGGUGUUGUGCGCAAUACCGACUCUUUCUUCAAAGAUGACAGCGUGGAAACGAAGAAGAUAUCCCUCACACCUCGUCUACUCAGGGGUGACUCGGAUUCAACGGCUUCUGCAGAAGCAGAACUCCGCCAACGACCAAGUCUGGACAAUUUCGACAAGAUGAUUGGGUCCGAGGAGAAGCCGGUAAAGGAAGAAAAGAAGAAAGAGAAGAAGGGUAUGCUCAGUGGGCUGUUCAAACGCAAAGAGAAGCCUUCUAAAGGGGCAAAAGGCGAUGACACGGCCGGUAAGGUUUCAGAAGAAUCGUUGCGACCUUCAACACAUUCAAAGGACUCUCUCGAGUCCGUCACCAAGACAGAAAUGAUCCCAGAAAGGAAGCCAAGCAAGUUGCAAAAGCAUCCGCCGGCUACAGUGGUCUCUCCAAAAUCGUCACCCACUGAAUCUCGCGCGCCUCAACCACAAGCACAGGUCUCUGCUCCAGCCCCAACUCCUGUACAGGCCCCGGUGACGACGCCUGUGGCUCCAACAGGCCCUGCUCCGGCGCCACCCACGGUGCGCCAGGUGCAAACGGAAUCGUCUCAGGAAAGCCUGCAGCCGAGGGAGGAGCCCCAACAACUAUCGCAGGCACAAGGCCCGAAUCGGUUCCCUUCUCUCCAGGAGAAGCGAUCCAACGAGGCAGAUGCGACAGUCAACCCAACCUAUUCCCAACGGGUCACAGAGCGUUUCGCACUUGACGCGAGUGAGUCGGAAGAGGACCAAGCGCCUCUCGCCGUCGCCACGAAGCCCGUGGGACGCAGCAGUGUGUCACCGUUGAAUGAAUCGCAAAAUUCCCAUCGAAGAAAUGACUCUGGAAUGCAGAUCUCGCCAAUUGAGGCGCCUGCUGAUCUGGAAAGCUCAUUUCCCGAGACCAACAGGACGGUCUCAGACGAUUUUCAGGAAAACGAAGUUACGCCCAUCGAAGCCGAAAACACGGCAAGCACAUCUAAGGCCUCCCCUUCAACGGCGACGACCCAUACUCCUUCGACGUCCCGAUCGACUCCAACUUGGUCAGACGCAUCACUACGCACUUACAUGGAGAACGACCAAGACAUCAAAGACUUACUGAUUAUUGUGCACGACAAAUCCAACGUCAUGCCAGUGGGGCAAGAUCACCCACUGAUGGCCAAUCUAUUUUCCAACGAGCGCAGCAAGCUGGCCGAGAUGCAAACGCAGCUGGACUCGAUGUUGAUGACAUGGGUCUCGCGCAAGAAUGCGAGCCUGCUAUCGCGAUGA